AUGGAAAAACUCUUUAGAAACCGAGAUUUUAACGUUAGUGUGAGAAUCACUAGGAAAGGUGAUGAGAUCCUGUUUUACGCAAAAGAUGUGGCGGAAUCUCUUGGGUACCUUAACACGGGGAAAGCGGAUAGAAACCAUGUUUGGGAAGAGGAUAAGUGCACUCUGGGGGCCAUCCGGAAGGGUGCCCUCGAGGGCACCCUUCCAAAGGGACAUCCUAGCACAGUCCUAAUUACAGAACAGGGCUUGUAUCAGUUAAUUUUUGGAUCAGAGCUUAAUACAGCAAGGGAGUUCAGGAGGUGGGUAUUUACUGAUGUCCUACCAUCUAUACGAAAAACUGGCACAUACAGUUUACCAGAUAGAAGGUCACUUAGAUACAACCAAAUGAUCCUAUUAAAUGAAAUGGACCUGCACCACACAGUCGUGAGUUACAUCAGGGACAACUACCCGGAGGCUGUGGUAAUACCCGGUCUAGGUGAGUAUCAGGAUACAUCAUCUAGGAGAUGUGAUGCCUGGAAGAAGGGAUAUAAAGGUGGUCAACCAGAUCUUAUCAUAGAGAAUCCCGUGGGGAAGUAUAAAGGAUUUGCCAUCGAAUUCAAGUCUCCCAAAGGCACCGGAGUCGCAAGUGAAAAGCAAGUGUUAUGGUUCCACAAACUUAUGAAGAUAGGUUACAUGGUGAUGGUGUCAGAUGACUUAGUAAAAACCUGUAUUAGAAUUAAUGAGUACUUCUCACUCAAGAAAGCUGUAAGAAAAGCUGCAGUGAAAACUACCGCUAGUCAUGUGAAGACGUACAGACCAAGGUUCAACUCAGGUAAGUAUUAGGGUUACCUCACCAGUUAUCUCACCAGUAGAUUUAAGUUAUCCUGCAAGUAAAUUUGAGACAUCUCACAAGUAGAAUUCAAGUUAUCUCAUAAGAUGGAAAUCAGUUAAACCUAAGGUAUCUUACAAGUAGAAUGGAAGAUAAACCCGAGCAAAUCCAAGAACAAGUAACAAGUGAGAAGAAGAAGGACCCGAAGAGAGUAGCGGCAGGAAAACGAUUAGCCGCAAUCAGUAAAAUAGCAAAGGAGAGGAAAAAGAAACUUGCAGAACCUAAGGAGCCAUUAAGUAAUGACAGUAUGAUUACCUACAUAGGAGUGGCCAUAGCACUGGUAUCUCUAGUGCUAGCAUUCAAGUCGCAUCAGAGGGAAACCAGGGAACCGGAACCCAAGCAUGUAACUGAGACUGUUGAGAUAACUAGGAAAGCUGAUAAGUCUAGGUUAGAUUCACUUGAAUGA